UUCAAUCAACGACAUUAACUCUGAAUUUCUCGUAAUUGCUCGGUGCUCUUAAGAAAUUUCCAACUGCCAAACUCGUUUCAGUCUUCCGCAUUUAUGACUCUCACUGAAGCUAAAUUGCAUCCGUCAUCUCCCACCUUCCAUAUCUUGCUCUCCCGUUUCUCUGGUUCAAUUUCGAGCUGACUUAGUUUGACUGCACCAGAGUUGAAAGGGGGACGACGGACGGUAGCUUGCCGAAACCGCGAAAGUGAAUGCAAACUUGUCUUCUUCAUUCUAAGAGGUUUCUUGUUACCGUGCUUUGAUGGAAUGGAAUCAAGUCUAGUUGCGCUGGUCUUGUUUCUUGUUGCAUGUGCUUCGUUUCAGCAGCUUGCUGCUUCAGAUCCUGGUUGGGCUCGACACAGCCGAAGUUUGGUUGCUUCACAUAAAGCAGGGCAUUGCCUAUCUAAUUGGAUUGUCAACGAAAACAAGACUAAAUGCUUCAAGUGCAUAUCAGACUUGAAGUCUUGGGAUGAGUCAGAGGCCCACUGUAAGGAUCAUGGAGGACACUUAGCUUCUGUGUCAUCACUUCAGGAGUUGAAAUUCAUUCAAGAUCUAUGCAGAAUUAACGAUGAUGGCUGCUGGAUUGGGGGACGAGAAAAAUCUACAUCUGGGCAGAGUUGGACGUGGUCUGACCAUAAAUCUCAGCACAAUGAUUCUUUUUUUCCUAAGGUGCUGUCUGGGUCAAAAUGUGGCAACUUAUCAUGUAACAACAGAAGUGAUUUUUGUUCACUGUUGUCCUAUGAAGUUGUGCCCAUCAAGGCUGUAGGAUGCAACAAUUCUCAUGCUUUCAUUUGCAUGGUUAAUUCUGGAUACCAAUGCUACGGGGGACAGUGCCGCAGCAUUUAUAUAAUUAUCCUGGCAGUUAUUAGUGGGGUUAUUCUCUGUACCACAUUAGCCGUCGUGGUUUGGUUCCUUGUUUAUAAGCGGAGUAAAAGGCGUAGAAAGUCCCGCAGAGAAUCAAAUCUAGUAGCAUCAUCUUUAGUUCCUCCAUCCUGGAAGGUCUUUACAAUUGAGGAACUGAAGUCUAUUUCAAAGAAUUUUAGUGAGGGAAAUCGUCUUCCUGGAGAAUCAAAAACAGGAGGUACGUAUAGUGGUAUUUUAGCUGAUGGUUCGAAGGUGGCAAUUAAGAGGUUGAAGAGGUCUAAUUACCAAAGGAAAAAAGAGUUCUAUUCUGAAGUUGGAAGAGUUGCAAGGCUUCAUCACCCGAGUCUGGUAGCUGUGAAAGGAUGCUGCUAUAAUCACGGUCACCGCUUUAUUGUCUAUGAAUUCAUAGUGAAUGGUCCUCUUGAUAGAUGGUUGCACCAUGUUCCAAGGGGCGGUAGAUGCUUAAAUUGGCCCAUGCGAAUAAAAAUUGCCACGACCCUUGCACAAGGAAUUGCAUUUUUACAUGACAAGGUCAAGCCACAAGUUGUGCACCGAGACAUUCGUGCAAGCAAUGUACUUCUCGAUGAAGAAUACAGGGCUCAUCUAAUGGGAGUUGGCCUGGCAAAAUUUGUGCCAUGGGAAGUCAUGCAAGAGAGGACUGUAAUGGCUGGCGGGACCCAUGGAUACCUAGCCCCAGAGUUCGUGUACAGAAACGAACUUACAACAAAAAGUGAUGUGUAUAGCUUUGGAGUCCUGCUACUUGAGAUUGUGAGCGGACGUCGGCCUGCGCAGGCCGUGGAUUCAGUCGGGUGGCAGAGUAUAUUUGAGUGGGCCACACCACUUGUACAGUCACAUCGUUACCCGGACUUGCUAGAUCCUGUUAUAUCCACCAACUCAUCAUCUGAAAUUCCAGAAACAGGAGCAAUUCAGAAAGUAGUUGAUCUUGUCUAUUCUUGUACACAACACGUGCCUUCAAUGCGCCCCCGAAUGUCCCAUGUCGUUCAUCAGCUUCAGCAAUUGGUUCCAUCUGCAUCUGUUGUAGAGUAAGUUCAAAUUUAGGAAGAAUUCGAUAAAUAUGUCAAUUUUUCUAGACUGAUAGAUUGUGUUAAUCCUAUAAAAUUACUCUCUUAAUCAACAAGAAGCUUUAAGUUCAA